AUGAACGAGUCGGGUUCCGUCUCUUCUCCGCCGCGCCCGGUGACUGUCGACUGUGCAGAUGACGACGCUGCGCUGGCGAAGUCGGGAUUUUUGACGCGGAAGGAGGUUCUCCGGCGGCGGCUCCGGCGAGUGAAGCAGCUGAGGCGGUGCUAUCGGACUCACUAUUGGGCCCUAAUGGAGGAGCUCAGGUCGAAGUACAGAGACUACAGCUGGACCUACGGAAAGAGCCCCUUCAAGGAGGAUCACAACGAGAGCGACAACGACAACACAAACGGCGUCGUCACUGGUGGCGGCGGUGGUGGUGGUGACAUCGUGCGGUGUCGUUUCAGCGGCUGCAAGACCAAGGCCAUGGCUAUGACGAAAUUCUGUCACGCUCAUAUACUGUCCGAUUCCAAACAGAAGCUUUAUCAAGGAUGCAGAGCCGUUGCGAAGAAUUUGCCAACAGGGCCUUCAUUUUGUAAUAAACCAGUAUUGAAAUCCGUGGUUCCUGCUGCCUGCCCUACUCAUCAUCAAUUUGGGGAAAGGUGUUUAGCUCGGGCAUUAAGAAGGGCUGGAUUAGGGAAUGCUAUCCCUAAUAAUCGGAAGCCUACAGCGAAAUUACAUGUACUAGUUUCUGAAUUUGUCCACCAAAUUCAAAAGAAACGAAAGCUUGCAUUGAAAGAAACUGCUCUCAAAGUUGAAACUGAAUAA